AUGACGAGCAAUUUCAGUGACGAUGCAGUUCGGAGGGAGCUCGGUGAGUACUCCAAUGGAGGUAACUCAAUGGCACAUCAGUUGAACUCACCAGUACGCGAGUUGCCGCGAUCUCAAGUCAAUGCUGAUCCUCAUACUGCAACGUCCAUGACGGCUCAGAUAGCUUGUGAGGAUACUGAGAUGGUAUAUGAAGAUUUAGGAGAUGAAGAAUCUUGGGCUUUGGUCAAGCACUUAAGUGGCCAUUUGCCUCAGUUAACUGACGUACCAAUACUACCACCUAAAAAGAAUAUCACUCUUGUACUUGAUAUCGAUGGAACCCUGAUCCACUCAUCAAUGAGAGAUGAAGGCGCGGACUUUUCGUUUAUUUUGUUACGUGGAACGGAAGAGAGCACUGUGUACGUGAAGAAGAGGCCAUAUGUGGACGCCUUCCUGAAGAAGGUGGCUGAGAUGUUUGAUAUUGUUGUCUUCACAGCUAGCAUAAGCUCUUAUGCAGACCAGUUGCUUGAUAUACUGGAUCCAGGGAGAUUGAUCUCGCGACGCUAUUACCGGGAUUCAUGUCUCUCCCUAGGUGGUAAGUAUCUCAAGGAUCUGACCAUUAUUGAAGCUAAUCUCAUGAAGGUUGCAAUAAUUGACAAUACCCCGGAGGUUUUCCGGCUACAGGUGAAUAAUGGGAUACCCAUAAAUACUUGGUCAAGUGACCCUUACGACACUUCCUUGCUUGAGCUGAUCCCCUUCUUGGAAACCCUUUCUGUCGCGAAAGAUGUCCGGCCACUCAUUGCAAAUAAGUUUGCCAGUUAUACUUAG